AUGGAGCAGAUGAGGAAACCAUUUGAGAACAAGAACAGGAAUACGCUCUACUACGCUCUCUCCAUCAUUCUUGGAACAGUCGCCUUGAGCUAUGGCAGUGUACCACUCUACAAGACUAUCUGCCAACAGACUGGUUGGGGAGGGCAACCCAUCAAAUCCGCAGCACACUCAACUCCCGAAGGCGAAGACGCUGUAGCCGAGAAACUGACGCCCGUCACGACAUCGAGACGACUACGAAUCACGUUCGCUGGCUCGACGUCAGACAUCCUGCCUUGGAAAUUCACACCGCAGCAAAGAGAAGUGAGGGUAUUGCCGGGAGAGACAGCAUUGGCAUUCUACACAGCAACCAACCAGAGCAAAGAUGAGGACAUCAUUGGGGUUGCAACAUACAGCGUGACACCUGCGCAAGUGGCGCCAUAUUUCAGCAAGAUUCAGUGUUUCUGUUUCGAGGAACAGAGAUUGAACAAGGGGGAGACUGUGGACAUGCCCGUGUUCUUCUACAUCGACCCGGACUUUCUCAAGGACCCCAACAUGAGGGGCAUUGAUACCAUUACUUUGAACUACACAUUCUUCAAGGCAAGAUAUGACAAAGAUGGACACCUUGCGCCAAUGCCGAUGCCUUACUGA